AUGAAUCAUAUUAUUCAACAACCAAAGACAACUCAAUAAACAAAAAAACCUUCUAAAGUAGUUGUGAAACACCCAGAAAUCUAACCAAACAAGCACCUUGAAGAAUUAAAAAAUAAAGCAUGGACUGCUGCAAUUCAGAAGGAAAUUGAUAAAUUCGAAUAGGCUAUUGUAUAUAAUUUAUUCAUAUCAUUAGCUUGAAGUAGAAGCUUUGUUCAAAGAAGCUUAGACAUCUUAAAAUUUAGUUAGUUUGGGAAAUGUAAAAUUGGUUCAGAGUGAAUAUGAAUUUGCAGCUUUCAAAUUACAACAAUUAAAAGAGAUGUUUUCAAAAUAUUUUGAUGAAUAUACCAAAUAUCAUUAAAACAAAUAGAAAUUAAAGGAUUUGACAAAAAAGAAUUAAAAAAGUGAGGAGGAUAAUCAAGCCAUUUCAAAAAUAACAAAUGAUCAAAUAAAAUUUAAAAACACUUUUGCUUAAGAAAGAGAGAAGAUUUAAUUCUUAUUUGGAGUUGCUUCAAGAGUUUUGAUCCUCAUUUAAGCCUACAUUAAAUUGAAGGAUCAACAUGAGAAUCAAUAGGAAUUGUAAAGACACAGAGAUUACAUCCUCUAGAAGAUUGACAAGAUCAAGAAGACAGAGGAAAAGCAUACAAAAAGGAUUGAAAGACAUUACAAUAGAAUAUAAGUAGAAGAUCCUGAUGCUCCUGAAGAUAUUGAAGUUGAAGAAGACCAGAGUGAAGAAGAGUAUGAAGUUGAUGGAAAUAAUAAAGCCAGAGAAGACUUAAUAAGUAAUUUAUUUUAUUUAUAGUUUUUAGAGUUGUGUGAUGGUUUGGUUUCUUAUUUAUCAAAAUUUGAGAAAAAGGAAGGAGUAAUAAUUAUAAUUCUAUAUGUAGGAUUAAUUCUUAUAACAUGAUUUAACAACUUUCCAAUAUUUUGAUCAAAUUAGAGUGGCUGCUCCAUUUUAUUCAAACUAAAUAGACUUGGCUAUAGAUUUGAUUAAAGCUAAAAGAAAUUUUUAUGAAAAUGCUCCUGAAAGUGAAUUUGUUAAAAAGGUUGUUUAAAAAGUAGUCAAGCAAUAAGAACAGAAGGUUGAUGUUACCAACGAGUAGGAAUUCCCUAAAUUAUAAUGAG